AAACGUUAUCGAUCUAUGUAAUGACCCACCACUCCCACCAUCUCCACUUCUUUCUCCAACCCCACCACUUCCACCUUCUCUUCCACCAUCUCCCCCUUCUUCCCCACCAUCUCCAACUUCUAUAAAACUUAAGAAAGAGAGAGAGAGAGAAAGAGAGAGAGAGAAGAAGAAGAAGAAGAAGAGAGAAAGCUCACCUGAGCUCGUCGCCGGAGCCACCACACGCCAGGACGUCGUCAAGCUCGUCACCACCAUCAUCCGCAACCAAAGACUACCAUCGUGUUCCUCUCGUCGAGACGAAUCCGUGGCCACCAAAAACGCCUCAAUCGGAGUCCGGACGAAGCCGCACGCGCCUCCGGAAGUUUCGCCUCUGCGCGCGUGAGGUACACGCGCCGCCGCCGGAAAACGUCGCCACCGCCGGACCACCGUCCCCCGCCGCCGGAAUAUCCGCCGUCGCCGCCGUUGACCGUCGCCGGUAACUCGCCGGUGACUCGGUCAACUCGUCCGAGUCAACUCAGUGAGUCAACUCGGUUGACUCGGUUAACCACUGGUUUGACCGGUUUAAAUUGAUUUCGUUUCGGUUAGGGUAAACCGGUCGGUUUAGUCAAAUCGAUUUCUGGUCAAAGCUUGACCGGGUUGACUUUGACCAACGAGUUGACUUUUCCGUAAAUACCCGUUUUAAACCGUUCGAAAGGCGUUCUGACUCGAAAUUUCGAUCUGAUUUCAGAUUUGGAGUCCAUUUGAGCAGCUGGAGGUCAUAUAUACCACUUCUCUUCAUUGCUAAGGUGAGACCGACGAGCAGGAGUGAUUAUCGGACCGGUGCUAUUGGGCUUUUGGGCUUCUAUCGCUUUUACCGCUUUUAUCUUUAUCGGGUCUUUAGGCCUUUGGACUUUUAUCGUUUAUGUUAUUCCUAUUUCAGACUUUCGGUUUAUGUCGUAUUUUAUAUUUCGGAUGUUAUCGUUAUCGGGCCUUUUGGCGUUAUGCUAUCGUAUUGACUUUUAUAUUAUGGUGGAAAUUAUUAUUAUUAUUUGAGUUGUAUUAUUAUUUUAUUUCCGCUUUAAUCUAUUUAUUAUAUUUCGAAAGUGACGGGUGUCACAUUUUGGUAUCAGAGCUAUUUAUUUAUCGUAACAUUUUAUUAUGUAAAUCGGGGUGUCACAAUUUGGUAUCAGAGCGGGUUCCGUCCCGGCUCCGACCCGGGAUGGCGAUUUUUGGAGACCUGGUUUUAUUCGGUUUUGACGGUUUUAAACGAUUUCAAAAUAUUUUCGGGGAUUUGGGAAUUUUGAAAAUAAAAAUAAAUAGCAUCUUUCCGUUCGAUAUCACUUCUCCUUAAAUGUUGGUAUCCAAAGUUCAGCGUAAGUUAACUUUUCGCUUUCCUUUUAGAUGCCGCCAAGGAGAAGAACCACCCGUGCCCAGACCGCCAGAGCCGUUAGAGACAAUGUAGAUGAGCAUGAGCAGCCUGCAGUUCCACCACCCGCGGCUCCACCAGUUGAUCAGGAUGCAUUGAGACAGAUGGUUCAGGAUGCCGCUAGACAGGCCGCUCAGGAGGCACUUCAGCAGAUUGCCCAGGAGGCAGCCAGGCAGGCCGCUCAGGAGGCCGCCCGAGUAGCUGCUCAGGAGGUUGCUCGUCAGAUGGCUGCCGUUCAGCAGGGUCCUCAGGUUCAGGCGCAGCAGGGUCCGCAGAUUCGGGUUCAGCAAGUUCCACUGGUUCAGGUCCAACAGGAUCAGCAGGGUCCAGUUCAGCAGUUUGCUCAUGGUGUUCAGGAUCUACCGCCACCACCACCGCGACCUCAUGUUUACCCGGUUUAUGAUGAGAGGUUCUACAGGCUGACAUGUCAGAUGAGAAACAUGGAGAUGGAGCAUUUUAGCGGAACAGUGGAUGCUGUAGCUGCACAUGAUUGGAAGUUAGCCUUGCAACGGAAGCUGGAGAUUAUUGAGUGUCCACCAGAGUUGUCGCUCAGAUUGACUAUGCAGUACCUUCGUGGAGAUGCUCUUAUAUGGUGGGAGGGAAUACGAUUGAGUCACUUUGGGCCAGAGAGGCUUACCUUCGCAGACUUCAUCCGAGAGUUCGAUAGGAAAUACUUUCCGAAGGAAGCUAUGGAUAGGAAGAAAUGCGAGUUCGAGCAUGUAAGUCAGGGUAAGAUGUCUAUCAGGGAGUAUGAGGUUGUGUUUAACCAACUUCGCAGGUUUGCUGGAGAGGGCAUUUUAGAGGAAGACCUGAUGAGGAAAUUUUUGAAUGGGAUGCGAGUAGAGAUUCGUAACAGGUGCCGUGUCGCCACUUAUCACAGAUUGGGAGACUUGGUGGAGAAAGCUGCCGAGCAGGAGGCAGGUUUGGCAGAGGAGCAGAAGUACACCAAGGCAGAUCAGCCUAAGUUUGGAGGGACUUUAGAGGCACAGCAGAGGACAUGGGACAAACCGAGCAUACAAUGCUUUUAUUGUGGAAAGAUGGGACAUAAGAGUAGGGUUUGUCGGAGUAGGCUAUUUGAUGCCCAGGUUGCGCCACCAGCAGCGGCAGCAGCACCAGUAGUGGAUGUUAGGAACUGUUUUGGUUGUAACCAGCCUGGUCACAUUUUCAGAGACUGUCCGAGGAGGGGUAAUGCAGCGCUUCCACCACCACCGAAGCGUUUAGCCAUCGCUCCACGUGUGUUUACGGUUGGAGAUCCCCAGGGAGCUGAGCCGAUAGCGGGUGAGACCGACGAGCAGGAGUGAUUAUCGGACCGGUGCUAUUGGGCUUUUGGGCUUCUAUCGCUUUUACCGCUUUUAUCUUUAUCGGGUCUUUAGGCCUUUGGACUUUUAUCGUUUAUGUUAUUCCUAUUUCAGACUUUCGGUUUAUGUCGUAUUUUAUAUUUCGGAUGUUAUCGUUAUCGGGCCUUUUGGCGUUAUGCUAUCGUAUUGACUUUUAUAUUAUGGUGGAAAUUAUUAUUAUUAUUUGAGUUGUAUUAUUAUUUUA